GGUUUGUUAUUUGCAUGCUGCAGCCGUUCUAAAAUCGUCUGAAUCAAUCAAAAGUUGGUUUUAUUACCAGAAACUAAAGAUCAUGGCUCUUGAAUCGCGAAUCACACAAGAAGAAAUCAAGAAGGAGCCGGAGAAACCGAUCGACCGUGAAAAGACCUGUCCUCUUCUUCUGCGUGUGUUUACCACCAACAACGGGCGACACCACAGAGCAGACGAGUUUGCCAGAGGAAAUGUGCCCUCCAGUGAACUGCAGAUCUACACAUGGAUGGAUGCUACUUUGAAGGAACUGACCAGCCUGGUGAAAGAAGUCUAUCCAGAAGCGAGGAAAAAAGGAACACACUUCAGCUUUGCAAUUGUUUUCCCAGAGCCUAGGACCAAAGCGUACAGGUUAAAAGACAUCGGUAGCACUAUUUCUGGCCGGAAAGGGGCAGACGACUCCAUGACGUUGCAGUCGCAGAGGUUUCAGAUCGGGGACUAUCUGGAUAUAGCGAUCACGCCUCCGAACAGGGUCCCGCCUCUGAGCACACGCAUGAGACCUUUCUAAGCACAGCGUUUAAACGUGCGCUACAGUUCAACACAAGCCUACGUUUAUGGAAGACAUUCAGAUUUGUGCUCAAUUUCUGAUGGUUUUUGCCUCAUUUUAUAUUGUAUAAUGUGACGUGAAAUAAAAGUGC